AUGGCCUUGAGUCUGAUUAGCGAACUGCUGCUGCUGCUGCUGCUGCUGAGGCUGUUGUUGUUGCUGCUGAGGUGUAGAACUGUGGUUGUAUCUGUUGAAUGUGGCUCUGAUGCUGUUGUUGUUGCGCCUGAGCAUGUGGUGGUUGCAGUUGUGGUUGCGGUUGAGGCUGUGGUUGCUGCUGUUGCGUUUGGGGCUGUGACGGUUGCUGUUGUGGCUGAGGCUGUGGUUGUUGCUGCUGCUGCUGUGUCGAUUGCGGCUGCGACUGUUGGUGUGUGUGAUAUGGAGGGGUCCAUAAUUGAGAGUGGGCCUGUUGUUGCUGCAACUGGUUUACUGCAUUUGACAUGGAAGACUGCUGUGUCGCUUGAUUUCUGGCAGGAGGUUCGUUCCAGCACAUUUGACUGUCAGAAUGAUGGAGACAAAAACCUAACAAGAUUCAGUCGACAUGGAGCUAUAAUGCCAUCAUAAACAAAUUUAAUG